AUGGCUCCUCGUAUGUCGAUACGCCUGGAGCAGAACCGGGGUUAUCUUUAUUCCCGCCUCCUCAAACUCGACGACAGCAGCAACGACAGCAGCAACAGCAGCAGCAGCGAGAGCAGCAGCAGCAAGCUCCCUCGUUUUGUUACAGUUAGUACUUGGUUAACCCCCCAGGAUUAUGCAUUGGCAUGGUCAAAGGCAAUAGUCUUAGGUCUGCCGCAGCAAAUACCAGCGGGGCCCCCAGGGGGGUCCCCAGAGGGCUACCUAGAUGGGCCCCCUCCUGCUGUGUUAUAUAAACGCGUCGCAGAUGACUCUGAGUACUCUCCUACAGCUUAA